AGAUACAACACACAUAAUCCAACAACAUAAGGAACAAACGUUUUUAAUUUUACAACACAAAUUAUCAUAACUUAUGCAAAAAAUUACUUUGUGAGAGGAAGAUGAACCUUGACCUCUAGAUAGCCACUAAAAGUGAGGACGAAUGAUCUAUGAGGCGGCUCACUAUUCGGUUCCACCGAGGACUGCUGCUGAAAGGCGAAGGUGCUUAUCGCAAAAACAAAAGUUUUUUUUUUGAAGUGUUAGCUAGUGACUCGAAAGCGGCUAGGGUUUUCUUCAGUUAUAGAGCGGAACAGAGGAGAGGCGGCAUGCCUGAGAUAGUGAGGUUUUAAGGACGGAAAUCACAAGCAACAGCGUGAGGAUUGUCAUGGAUGUUGUCGCUUGGUCCUGCAAACUUUGUACAAAACUAGUAUGUAUCAUUGAAAUCCAUUUUUGACAAAAGAACUUGCACAUGAACAAAAAAAAUUACAUAGAAGUUGUUGACGUAUAAUUUGUAUACAUUUUUUUUUGUUGAGAAAUUUUUAACAGAGAAAUUCCUCACAUAACAUUUUUGUAUAGAGAACUUUCGAAUUUGUUGCGAGGAUAGAAAAUUAUUUCCACAUCAAAGGGUACUUGAGAAAAAACAUGUUUUGCUAGCCUCGUACCACAUGAAUGGAGAUGCAAGUCAGUGGGUUCAGUGGCUCGAAUACGAGUUCGAGAAUACAAGAUGGUGAUGUCAUGGGACAGGUUUGAAGUUUAGUUUUGGAGAAAUGAUGCGUAUUAUAAUUUCGUCAUUAUUAUUAUUAUUUUGUAGAAGAAUGACGCGUGUAUAUUUACUAGCAUCACCAUGACUUGAUACAUCCAACAUAUAAUAAUCAUUGUUAUAAAAACCUUAUCGGAUCAAUGGCAGGGGCAGUAGAAUCACUAAACCAGUUACAAUAAUGGUUCGGUUCUUUUGAUUGGAAGGCUAGAGAUGAACCAAAUGGUUUUUGAAGGUUUGACAUGAAACCAAAUGAACCAUCCCGGUUUAACUGGUUCACUAAUUCACUAUUUUAACCACAAACAUUAAGGAAAAGGACUUUAACGUAAACUAAGAUCAUCCAACCUCAAUCACUAAUUUUAUUUAUACUUCCUUUUCUUCAUUUCUCGGUCUCAUUGUUAGCUUUCUCUCGUCCAUUAUGGAUUGUCACCCUCAUUACUAACUAAAAUUUCAUAAGAGAAAAUUUAUGAUUUAUUUUGUGAGAUAGUUUGAAUACUUUGUUAAAACAUUUAUGCGAUAGAUGAUAUGGAUUUGCAUUGUUUAUGAUUAGUGAUAAAUUCACUACUAUUAACGAUAUAUGUCUUUUAUGUUAUAGCGCAUGAACGACUCUAUCAACGGUUAAUAAACGAUUCUAUAACGUUGAACCAUCAACCAUUAACUUUAUUGAUUCAACAUUCGGCCCAGUUCUGAAAACAUCGACAAUAACUAGUUAGGCUAACUGACACAAUUACCAAUUAGUACCUAUACUAGCUAUUACAACUCGAAUACUUUAGUCCUAUACUGAUAUCAAAUAAUCCGAUACUUUUUUUUUCUUUUGAAUAAGGGUGAUUGGUUUGUUUUUUUAGUUACUAUUUAGAGAAUUCGAACUUGUACCUCCCAAUCUAAAACUUGGGAUAAUAUCCUUGUUACUCAAUUAGCCCAAAACACUUACCGUUGUUAAACUAAUCCAAUAUGAUUAUUCGCUCUACCAGUGAUGCAGAUUAGUAUUAAUAUAUGUUAAUAUAUAAAUUAAUAACAUGUGAGUUACUAUUCAUUAGUGACUCUCACACUCCUCCGAGAGCAAGUGGAGAAGUUCCAAACCUUUCUUUUACCUCACUCUUCAUUCUACAACCUUUGUGUUUAGUUUUUGUUCGCUAGGUUUUUCGUCUAUGGCUUUUUCCACAAAUUAUCGCCUUUGUGUUUUAUUAUUGUUCGUUAGGUUUUGUCUAUAACUUUUUUCACAAAUCAUCGCCUUUGUGUUUGUUAUUGUUAGCUAGGUUUUCUUCUAUGCCUUUUUGCACAAAUGAUCGCAUUUGCUCAUCAUUUUGCAACUCAUCUCGAAAUAAUGUCUGCGGAAUCCUAAAUUGUUCCCCACCACAGUUUCCCAAGGCUGCUACCAUGAGUUUUGUAUCGGGACCGAGUUUCAUCCUGUUUAGUGUUUUUUACUUUCCUUUUCCCCUUUUUUGUUGAGCAUGAUCACAAUUGAGCCCACACACAUGUGUAUCCUAACUUGAUACAAAUCAUCGACUUUGCCCACCAUUCUGCAACCCAUCUCGAAAUACUAUCGGCGAAAUCCUAAGUUGUUCCCCACCAUCGUUUCAUAAGGUCGCUACCACGAGUUUUAUAUCGGGACCGACCGACCGAGUUUCAUCCUCUUUAUUGUUUUUUUCUUUCUCUUUUUCCUUUUUGUUGAGUACGAUCACAAUUGAACCCAAUGUCGCUACCGAAAAUCCAUACAAUAUCUACUCAAUGUUGGCGACUUUUAUAUCGGGACGGAUUUUCGUUCCGUUUGGUAUUUUUUAUUUCACUUUUUCCUUUUUGUUGGGGUCAUGAGCGAGUAUUAUCCGCUUUAGUAUUUUUUUUUAUACUUUUCAUUUUGGUUGAGAAUGACAAUUGAGUCCAAACGCAUGGGUAUACAACCUAAUUCAACCCGACCAAAGCGAUUUGAACCCAUCUUACAGGUUUUCGCUGGGAGCGAGUUUUAUCUGUUUUUGUAAUUGGUGUGUUGUGUCAGGUGUGAAUUUAUCCAAAACUCAGUCCAACCAGGUCAAAGCGAGUUGAACCUGUUGUUGACGAGUUUUGAGUCGAUAGUAAGUUUUAGAUUGAGUGUUUUUUAUUUUGUUUUUUCCUUUUGUUUGAGAAAGACAAUUGAACCCAAAUCCAUCGGUAUCCAACCUAAUUUGAAAAGAUCUAGAGAAUAACAAAACUAUAAAAAGAAUGAUUAAGAAUGAAAUAAAAUUACUUUCACUUUUUAGUUAACAUUAAAAUUAUUACUCUUUAAAAUAUUUAUUUUUUUUUAUACGCGGAACAAUAGCGAACCAGUUUUUGCUAUUUAUGAUAAAAGGGAACAUAUGAUAUCUGACGACUGACAUGGGAAGUAGUGAUCUUCCACAAGACGUUAGUUAUUAUUUUAUGACCAUGAUUGUCAUUAGAGAAGGCAAUAGCCCUUCAAAAGAAAAUCAGAAUGAAUCUCGUGGGAGAGUUAUUUUAUUAUAUCCUCCUUGGACUUUCAUUCGAUUUUCACAACCAAAUUCAUGUGCCUUAUCCCAGACGACCAGCAAAGUAGACAACAGAGCAGCCGCAGUGGAAAAUUUUGGCGCCAUGGAAACUUUGUUAUAUCCGCUCCUUUCAGAUGGAAUCCCCUUACAAAUUCAUUUCAGUUGCAGAGGGGGGGAAAUAGGAAGAGGAUCCAUCGAUCAUGAGUGAAGAAGGGACGGUAUGUGUGACAGGGGCUACAGGGUUCAUAGCUUCAUGGCUGGUCAAGCUUUUGCUUCACCGCGGCUACACCGUCAAAGCUUCUGUUCGUGACCCAAGCGACAAGAAGAAGACGGCCCAUUUACUUGGACUUGAGGGAGCAGCGGAAAGGCUCCAGCUCUUCAAAGCAGACCUGCUGGAAGAAGGCUCUUUUGAUUCCGCCAUGGAAGGGUGUGUUGCAGUUUUCCACACGGCUUCCCCUGUUUUCUUCUCUGCCGCUGACCCCCAGGCAGAGAUAAUUGAUCCUGCGGUGAAAGGAACCCUCAACGUUCUGAAAUCAUGUGCAAAUUCUCCUUCUGUAAAGAGAGUGAUCGUAACUUCCUCUGUCGCAUCGAUUUUCUACACAGGGAAACCGGUAAGCCCAGAUUCAGUGGCUGAUGAGACUUGGUUCUCCGAUCCAGAUCACUGCAAGGAACUUAAGGUUUGGUACCAACUUAGCAAGACCUUGGCUGAGAUAGCUGCGUGGAAUUUUGCAAAGGAGAAUGGAAUCGACAUGGUGACUAUACAUCCUGGUUUUGUAAUUGGUCCCUUCUUACAGCCCACUCUCUGCUCUUCAGUGAGCAUGAUUCUCAACCUGGUUAAUGGAAACCAGACUUACCCAAACUUCCAUUACUGGGUGGUUGAUGUUAGAGAUGUUGCAGAAGCUCAUAUCAAAGCUUUUGAGAAUCCAUUAGCUUGUGGAAGAUACUGCUUAGUUGAAAGUAGUGUGUCCUUCUCUCAUGUUCUGGGGAUUCUUCAUGAGCUCUACCCAACAUUGCCUCUGGCUGACAAAUGUGAAGAAAUCAAUACUGUGAAGCUGCCGGAGUUUAGGGCAUCCAAGGAGAAGGCGGAAGUGGGCUUGGGGAUCAAGUUCGUCCCACUAGAAGUGUCUCUCAAGGACACUAUUGAAUGUUUGAAGGAUAAAGGAUUCCUUCAUUUCUGAUUCAGCACCGAGUUUCGUACUAAAUGUAAUACGUAUAGGCAAGUUUCAAGACCCAAAUUGGUUGACAAGUUCAUGGGGAUCUUGUGCUUUCUACUGCGUGAAAGAUUAUGAAUAAAGAUCAGUUUCAUGG